GCGCGGAUCAAGAAGAUCAUGCAGAUGGACGAAGACGUUGGCAAGCUCGCGAGCGCAACGCCAGUCAUGAUCUCCAAAUCGCUCGAAUGCUUUAUGCAGCUCAUGAUUGAUGAGGCAGUCAAAGAGGCUCGUUCAAGAGGAAGCAAGAAGUUGACCUCGCAUCAUCUCAAACACACUAUCAACAAUACCCCCUCGUUCGACUUCCUCCUCGAUAUAGCCUCCAAUAUCUCCGAUCCU